AUGUCGGAAGAGGUAGCUUAUAUGCCUACGAUACUGCAGCAAAAGCUGUUGAGCAUCCUCUUUGUACCGUCAUGCAUUUUGUCCAUGAUUGGUUCUGGAUUCAUCAUUAAAAAUAUUCGAGAGGAAGGAAAGCGGACACCCUAUCGAUCGAUUAUGUUGUGGACUUCCAUUUGUGAUAUCAUUGCCUCAAUUGGAAUUUUCAUGCAGCCGUUCUUGCCACCCGCAAAUCGACCCGAUACCUACGUAUGGGCAAUUGGAAACGAUGCUUCCUGCAAUUUUCUGGGUUUCAUCACACAGUUUGCUUUCAGUGCACACAUGUACGCAGGACUGUUGAGUUACUACUUCUUGAUGACUGUGAGGCAUGGAGUCAAACAACAUGAGUUUGCCAAGAAACUUCCGUACAUCCAUGGAUUCAUUAUCACCUGGUCCGUAGCGACUGGAAUUGCUGGUAUAUUUCUAAAAGCCUAUGGGCCAACCGGUGCUGCCACUGCUUGUUGGGUAGCUGGAGACUUAUGCGAAGGUGACGGUUGCCCCAACACGAGCUUGAUUGGUUACUCGUUCGGCGGGUUUGCGUUUUUGAGCCUGUUCAGUAUCAUCGUCAAUAACUUUUUGCUUUAUCGGUUUGUCCGUGCGACUGUUCUGCAAGGACAGAAGCGUGGAAUGAAGGCAGAGGAAGAGCUUCGUAACUAUCGUCGUCCAGAAGAGGAGGACGAUGCGAAGUCAACUUUCACCGAGUUUGGAGUUCGAUCAGUCGCUCCUGGAAAGAAACCAACUUUUUUCAGAGCAGGUAGUAGCAUGGACGACGACUCCACAGUGAAGCCAAAGAAUAAACCAAAAUCCUUUCUUCGGUCUUCAGACAAGCAGUGGAAACGGGUUCAGGAGGUUGGGAAACAAUCCUUAUUGUAUGUUGGCGCUUAUUUCUUUUGUUCCAUGUGGCCAAUCGGCAUUCAAGUGUUGGACAAUCGGGACUACGAAUACAACAAGAAUGCUGCGUAUGUCUUUCUGCCCUUAUUGAUUGGGCAAUCUAUUUUGCUUCCUCUAAUGGGCUUCUUCAGUUGCAUUAUUUACUUUCGACCUACUUUUGGAAGGGUGAAAAAGAAGUUCCCUAAUGAGUCCAAAAUGUGGUGUGUAAAGAGAACCCUCUUUGGAGGUUCCAUCAAGCCAAUGAAUCGCAAUAACACGCAAAACAACACUGCUUCGAGUGGCAAUGGUUCCUUUUUGCCUCCACCUACCUCGACCUUGCGAGUCAACUUUGCUGGACAAAUCAACAUGUCGACGUUGGGUCCUGGAAAUUCCAUGGCAGACUACAGCGAGGUGGACGAGGACAAAAAAUUUAGUGUCCACUUGGAAGAAGAUGAAAGUGGCGAUAUCGAUGAAGAUGGGAAGGAAGAAACAGAUGCUAUAGCCGGUGAUACGGAAAAGACAGCGCAAAGUGUUGAAACCUUCGAAGCGAAAAACGAAGAACCUUGA